AAUAUAAAAGUAUUUAGAAUUAAUGAAUACAAAUUCAACAUAUCACCGUAAUUACAGCUAACUCAAAAUCUCACUGUAACGACAUCAUCAAUUAGAAGAAACUUGAACCAUUUAAAAGGACAUUUAAAAAAGAGAAAUGAAAAUAUAGCAAACGACACCAACCGGAAAGUCUUGUGAGUAAAAUCCAAACGACAUUAACAUAAGAAUCUUCAACAAAUGAAACGACAGAGAGAAAUAGCCGAAUAUAUAUUUUGAGAUGUUGUUUAAUAAAAAUGGUUCUUUCUUUGUCUGUGUAUUACCAUUACCAAUGUCCCGUGAAGAGAAACGACGCAAGUUCCAUGAGGCUGUCCUUAACAUGCUAUAUCCUCUUCCUAUUUCACAACAAUUACCAAAAGAUGAUAACUCCGCGUUGCUGAACAAUUUCACUGAAGGUUUUGAUCCAAAUCUUGUUCCAGAUGACUUGGGUGGGACUAGUUCGAAGGCUUCCUCUAGCGAGGACGACGAUGAUGGUGAAAACGAGCCUGGGAAGCUUACUAGAGCUCAGCGGAAGAGACUUCGGAAAAAGAAUCUGAAGAUCGAUGCUUCUCGCCGAGGCCGAAUCGUUGGGCCCCUUUUACCUCCUACAGCAGUGAACGAUGAGAAUUUUGGACUUGAAAAACACUCAUCACCAAGUGUUCGACCAAAUGCCUCUAAAACAGACGAAAAGCCUGGAGGAGAGGUAAAUACUUUGAACAAGAGCAAAGUAAAGCAAAGGAGAAUGGCUAAGAAGCUGGGCAGAGAAAGCUCGGUAGCCUCUCAUCAAAAUGACAACUGUAAACAAGAUCAGUAGAACUAAUCCUCGAGAUAAAUUUUAUGAAUGGAGAAAAGACCUCCAUUUAUGUUUGAGGGAAUUGGGCUAUCAUAAACUAGACACUGACUUAAGUUAUUUACAACCAUUUGUGGUAAAUUAGUAAUGUUUAAUUGAAACUGUUCUUGUCAAUGGGAUAAGAGUAAUUGCAAGCAUCAUUUAUGUUGUGUGAUUCUACAAGUUUGUAUAGGGAUUCACAGACAUACAUUCUGUCUUGGAAGGGGUGGAAUGUUUUAUGUUUUUUUAGUGUUUAACUAGUACUUGGAUAUCAAUUCAAGAAAUACAAAUAUGAAUUUAUAAUAUAUUAGACAAUUUGUGGUAUAAA